UCGGCGGAGGAGGAGGUGGAUGCUGGGCUGACGAACCGAACGGAACGGAUUAUUUAACGCGCCGCAAAAAUGGCAACGCUUGCAAACAAAAACCAACAAACGCUACGAAAGUUACAUUAUUAGGAUCUAACCCCACCUGGAGUUAAAAUUGUUAAAGUUUAAAGUGUGCUUAUUGGCGAUACAAAAACGACGGGUUAAGUUAAGUUAAUUUCGACUGUCUAUAUAUAGAUCAUCUGUAUAGGCAAGCACAAUAUUGCAAAUAGGUUAAAUAUCUAAAUAUCUCGAAAUGGGAAAUCAGCCGGGAAAGCUGCAAACGCAUCCGCAGAGCGGUCGGCCCAAGAAGGCUGUCCACUGGAAGUCCGCAGAGCGACCUUCACCACCCGGCCGUCCCAUCCUGACGCCAGUAGCCCUGCCGGAACAGCAACCGGACGUGGUGAACCUGCGCUGGGAUCGACCACUACAUGAUGGAGGUUCCCCCAUCACUGGCUAUACAGUUGAGCACCGCCGCAUGGGAUCCCCCCACUGGGUGAGGGCCACGCCCACUCCGGUCGAUCGCUGCGAUGUCUGCAUCAGUGGACUGGAACCAGGAUGGCGCUAUCAAUUUCGCUGUUUUGCCGAGAACAUCGUGGGUCGAUCCGAUGCCAGCGAACUUUCCGAUCCCCUGACAGUGACGCUCCAGCGGAAUGCCAUCACCGUGCCCCGCUUCAUCGAUGAACUGGUGGACACGAAUGCAGUAGAGGAUGAGCGAAUCGAGUUUCGAGUGCGCAUCCUGGGCGAACCUCCGCCGGAAAUCAAUUGGUUCAAGGACGGCUAUGAGAUCUUCAGCAGUCGCCGCACCAAGAUCGUCAAUGACAAUGAGGCCAGUAUCCUGGUGAUCCACCAGGUAGCCCUGACCGACGAGGGCGAGAUCAAGUGCACGGCCACCAAUCGAGCGGGUCAUGUGAUUACCAAAGCACGUUUGAUGGUGCAGGCUCCGCCCAAGAUACGAUUGCCGCGCACCUACGAGGAUGGACUGAUUGUGGAGGCGGACGAGGUGCUGCGUCUUAAGGUGGGCGUGGCUGGACAACCACCACCAGCCAUCACGUGGCUCCAUGAGGGCGAGGUGAUCGCUCCAGGUGGACGCUUUGAGAUAACCAACACUGAGAAGAACUCGCUGCUCAAGAUCGACAAUGUGCUGCGCGAGGAUCGCGGCGAGUAUAUGGUGAAGGCUUGGAACCGACUGGGCGAGGAUAGCACCUCCUUCCUGGUCACUGUGACGGCCAGACCCAAUCCGCCGGGUACUCCCAAACUAAACAUGUCCUUCGGCAAGUCGGCCACCCUCUCCUGGACUGCUCCACUUGACGACGGAGGAUGCAAGAUUGGAAACUACAUAGUGGAAUACUUCCGAGUGGGCUGGAACGUUUGGCUCAAGGCGGCCACCACCCGUGCACUGACCACCACGCUCCACGAUCUGAUUGAGGGUUCGGAGUACAAGUUCCGAGUGAAGGCGGAGAACCCCUAUGGUCUAAGUGAACCCUCGGGAGAAUCGGAACUGCUCUUCAUCCCGGAUCCCAAGAGGGGCAUCACCAAGCCAAAGUCAGCUACCAAGAUAGCAGGGGACGAGAAGGACAAGCCCAAAGGAGGAGAUGGAGCGGUGCAGGUGCCACCACGUCGGAAGACCCUGUCGCCACCACGACCACAUGCAGAUGCCGCCACGGGCAUGUCGCCCAAGCAGUCGCCCAGUGCCAAGCGGAAACCAAAGCCGCAGCUGAUCGACAACGAGCAACUGACCCACGAGAUGUCCUACGGCACCUCGGAUCAGGCCUUGAAGAUGGACGUGCGCAAGAGUCCUUCGCUGAGCAGUGCGGAUUUGGUCAAUAAACCCGCAACUAAUAGCUCCUCCAAUCCGAAGCUCAACUUGACGCUGGUGACCACCACAUUGGCACCGUUGGAAAAGCCAUCUGAAUCCUCGAUCCCCAAGUCACCCAAGUCCCCUUCAACUACAUCUCCAUUGAAACUAUUUAAUCCCAAGCCCUCGGGAGCACCAAAGGAUAGGUCGCCCGUGCCGCCGAGGCCACAACCCUUGCCCACUCCGCCCAAGGAGAAGCCGGAGAAGGCGUCACCCAGUAGCAAGAGAAGCUUGAGUCCACCCAACAAGAGGCAGCCGGCUCCUCUGCGCAAGAGUCCAACUCCACCGGAACCCAUUAAGGUAACACCAGCUCUGCUGAGGAGCGAGGAACCCGUUCAGCUGGGAGUCAACCAGAACGUAAGACGCUUCUCUGGCCAGACCCUAAGCCCGGCCAGAAAUGUGCCCACUCUGGCCUUGGCCGUGGCAUCCGGUGUGUCGGCUGUGAUUGGUGAGAAGUUGCCCACCAUCGAGAUUAGUGCUCCACCAACGCCGCAGGAGGAGGAGGUGGAGCCUUCCAUGCCAGAACCUCUCCCGAAAUCCCAGUCCAACCAAAGGCGCUUCUCCAGGUCAGCCGACAAGCACGACGAAGUCCACACCAGCAAUGAGUUCAUGCUGGUCGUCUUCGACAAGAACAGCAAGGUCAAGGAUAAGGACAAACAAGAUUCCUUUGAGCUGGACCUGGAGGACGCCAUUCAGCCACCGCCCAUUUCGAUUUCAGCCCCGGAUCUGGCCUUCCUGGAGUUCACCAACUUGCACACCACCUUCCCACUCCGCCGAUCCGUUAGCUCCACGGAACUUUUGUACGAGCGGGCCAUGGCAAGGUUCUAUGAGGCAGUGGAGCUGGAGCAGGCUUCCAAAUCCCGCAAGACAUCGCAGGACAAACUGGCCACACCGGCUCCCCACCAGACGCCUGCUAAUCUUCGCAAGCGUUUGGGCUCCAUUUCGGAGGCGGAACGACUGUCCUUUGAGAGAAGGAGCGAACUACGUCGCCAGUCGGCGGAUAUGGUGUCAAUAUCGCGAAAAUGGGAUUCCAGGGAGAACGUCAACGACUUGGGUAACCUGACACGCAUCCACACCACUGGACAAUUGCCGCUGGAGCCACGAAAGGAUCUGAGGGAGCAGGAGGAACCGGAGGAAUUGGAGGAAGAACAUCUGACGGAGAGUACGGCCGAUGAUAGCGAGGAUAUGGAUCUGGAUUUCGAUGAGGACAUGGAUGUGGAUUACCAGCCGCAGAAGCAGCUGCAGCAGCAGUCCAGCAAUGACCUCGGCUCGGAUUACACGGAGAGCACUGCCUCCUCGGAGCAGGACUCCAUCGAGAAGUUCAAGAUGGAGCUGCUGGCGCGCACCCGAUCGCCCAGUCCUCGGGAUCUGGAGACCUAUCAUCCGCGUACCAUGGGCGCUGGAACCUUCACGCCCUACCGAGCUCCCACUCCGGAGCAGGCUGCCGUGGUGCUCAACCGUCCAGUGCCACUGCCCAGUCCAGAUUUUGUGCCCAAACCAAUCCUCAAGAGAUCUUCCAAUGAGCAUGUGGAGCAGUCUAUUAGUCCUUUGCCAAGUGGAAUUGGAAGCGAUAUACCAUUGACUACCAGUCCUCCAGUACUUUCGACGCCUACUGUAACUACCAGCAAUCCCAGUACCCUCAAAAUGGACCUGGCCAAGGGAAUAAAGUCAUUUUUCAGCCGCGACAAGAGAUCAGCCACGGAGAAGAACACGGAGGCCAAUGAGGAGAUAUCCAAUCCGCUGGAGAAGACCAAUGCAGCUGCCAUUGCGGCGGACUUGGAGGCCAAGCGAAGGGUUAAGGAGGAGGAGGAGCAGCGCCGCAGGGAGGAGGAACGACUCAUGCAGGAGGAGGCCCAUGCCGCAGUGGAUCACUACAGCGAUCUGGUGAGGGAGGUGGGCAGUUCCCAUAAGUACCAUACACCCCUCUACCUGGAUCGCGAUGAACUGAAGCGAGCGGCGGCCAAGGCGGCGGCAGAAACCGACGAGGAAGACAUGCUCUCCCAUGCGGAGGAGCUGAAGAAGAGACUCGCCACCGGUGGCGAAAGCGACGACAUGUUUCUGGCCCCACCAGUGGUCAGGGAACGGCGGCUCUCCAUCUCGGAACGGGAGCAACUGGUCCAUGUGCGCGAUGCAGCCAGCAAUCUGGCAUUCCACCGUUUGCCAGACAGUGGAGAUGCGGAGCAGGAAAGCGAAUCCCAGCCAUCGCAGCAGGAUGAAGAGCCCGAAUACCCAACUGUGCUGGUGGUGCCCCCACCCAAAUCGAAGAGCAAGAGCGAAUCUGAGACUGAGAGCUUCAUGAGCGAGAUGGUGGAGGCUCGUCCAGAUGCCAGGGGCAGGACUCGUUUGGUGAAGGUCAAGAGGGUGAUUCGGCGGAGGGUUCCUUCCAGCACUCGAUCACGUGAUGCCUCAUUGACCAGACCUCCGCUUCCGGAAGUAGAGGGCAGUCCGCAGACAGCCCUAAUCCUCUCCGCCGCCGACAGGGAUUUGCUGCAGAAGGCAGCCGCUCUGGCCAUCCUCCAGUCGGAGGAGCAGGCCCACGAGAAGGUCCGUUCGGCCCUCAGCUACUGCACGGAUCUGGUCCUCUUCCUGGUCGCCUGCUAUGUGUACUUGUUCAAGGACGCCCGCCUGGUCCUGCCCAUCCUGGGCCUGAUCAUCUACCGGCAGCUGGGCGAGGCUGUGAGGGGCUAUGUGCCCGGUUGGCUGCGUCGCAGGAUCAUCGGGGAUGGUAGCUAGACCAUCAUCCGAACCCCAUCCCCUGCUCACACUCACAUGCGUUUAUCGGUUAAGUUAGUUUUUAUUACAUACGACUUAUUUAUACGUCUUAAGGUAAAGUUGAAGGUAUCCCCCCGAGUACAUCGUACUAGAAUCUGUAUACGUAAAAUCCUUGCAAGUUCUGCUCUGGUUUUCUGAUUUGAUCUUUAAAUGUUUCAGAACUUUAAUUGAUCGUUAAGUGUAUUUUGAAAAUUGUUUUACAGUUCAAAACGUUAUUAUGGAUCUUUAGUGAUCAAAAAAUUCAAAUUCGAAGUAAGUUUGAAAUACUGCGAGAUUGUUUUGUAUUAGGUGAUCGAUUUUAAAAACCAGAGCAGGAAAAACAAGUAAAAUAGCCAAUUCUAUUAACCAUUAAUCAUUCACUAAAAUUACACAUACCUAAUCUUACCUUCCCAUUUUGGAAAUUACUCAUCCAUACUGCGAAAACCUCUUUGCAAGGAUAAUUGGUAAUCAUCACCCCAAAAAAAGAUAAAUCCUAUAUAUCAUCAGUUUUCAUUUGCUUUGUGUAUGUAUGUGGAGCUAUGUAAAUCCUAAUGUUAUGAAGUGUUCGUUUGCGGUUCUUUGUGGUCCAUGUCCAUCCGGAUUCUUGGUGAUUCACUUUGAAAAUAAAGCUUAGCAUGUUAUAAAUUCGUA